AUGGAUUCCAUCAGCGACCGGUGUGUUGCGUGUACGAGAAAAGUAUCUGCAAGACAACAUGCACUGCUGUGUGAUGGUUGCAAUCGCUGGCAUCACAGAAUCUGUGAUACAGAUAUUAAAGAAGCUCAAGGUGUACCACAGGUGCAGUCCUUUGUGGUCGACUUUGAGAAAGGUGCCUGGAAAGCCAUCCGCGAGGAAUUCCCCAACACACUUAUCAAAGGAUGUGCUUUUCACUUUGGCCAGGCAGUGUGGCGGAAAGUGCAGGAAUUAGGACUGAGGACGACAUAUACCAAACGUGGUGCCGAAUAUCGGUACAUCAGGUCUUUGAUGGCACUGCCCUUUCUGCCCAGGAUCUGGAGUAUCUUCCAGAACAAUGUCAGGACAAACAACGAUGUAGAAGGUUGGCAUGCCAGGAUCAAUGCAGACAUCGGUAAAGCCAAUGCCGCCUCCUACAUCCUUGUGCCUGCUCUUCAGCGUGAGGCGCGAUUGGUGGACUUGACUGUCCGACUUGUGUCAGAGGAACAGAUCCUCCGUUGCCAACGUAGGAGGUACCAGGACCUCAGCUGCCGGCUUCACGAAGCUUGGGACCGUUAUACCAACGGAGAGCUCACAGCAUCCCAACUGUUGCGGGAGUGUGGUGGUGUAUACGGCCCAAACAACGACUAG